AUGGCGACCAAGGCGGCACUCACAGCAGCUCUCGUGAUGGCUCUGCUGGCCUUAGCCAGCGCCACGACCUUCACCACGACGGUGACGACCACCUCGUUCGAGGAAGAGGGGAACCCGAGGCAGCAGCAGUGCAGGCAGCAGCUGCAGGGGAGGGAGUUCCGCUCGUGCCAACGCUACUUCUCGCAGAGGAGCAGCAGCCCCUACGAGGAGGAGGAGGAGGAGGAAGAAGUCCUGGAGAUGAGCACCGGAUCAAGGCAGACCAGGCACAGGCAGCCACAGCUGAACGAGUGCUGCGAGCAGCUCAGGGAGAUGGACAGACACCAGUGCGGAUGCGAGGCCAUCAAGCACGCCGUGCAGCAGGCACAGCAGCAGGGAGGAAGGUCGCGCUACCAGACCGGGCAGAGCGAGAGCGAGCAGAUCUACCAGAAGGCGCGCUCCCUUCCCAGCAUGUGCGGACUGCGCGAGCAGCAAUGCCAGUUCCGCGUUGUGCUUGUCUAG